AGGAUGGGCAAGUUGGAAUGUACGUAUCCGGACUACUCGGAUCCCCCGGUAGUGCCACCUCGAAAACAUGAGAUACUGAUGGUUAGGUAACAGAUGGGACUCUUCCUGUGCAUGCGAUGUGCUGCGUUGCACCGCAAGUUGGGCACCCAUAUCUCCAAGGUCAAGUCCUUAACUAUGGACAGUUGGUCGUCGGACCAAGUUGAUAAUAUGAAAUCCCACGGCAACAACAUCAUGAACAAAAUCUUCAACCCCAAAAAUGUCAAGCCUCCAGUUCCCACCGAUAUCGACGAGAGCGACUCGUGCAUGGAACGAUACAUCCGUCAGAAAUACCAACACCGAUCGCUCGAGGAUGGAAAACCUAAGCCUCCUAGUCGUCAUGAUUCCGGUUACACCAAGUCCCCUGAAGGCUCGCCGCCCCCUCUGCCUCCAAAGAAUGGUAAGUUCUUUGGAUUUGGACUCCGUGGAUCAUCUUCUACCUCAAAUCUUCGUCGAUUUUCUACCAGCAAGCCGACUUCGCCGCGAUCGCAGAGACAUGGUUCGCCUCCUCCGCCGGUUCCUGUUAAUACGGCCUCGCAGGGCAUGGGUGCCUCGAUUGGAGAUAUGGGUACACCUUCGUUCGAAGCGAAGUUGGCUACGUUGAGAGAGAUGGGAUUUCCCGACGACCGACGCAACGCGGUUAUCCUACGGGGGUUGGGCGGCAAUAUGGAGAGGACGAUUGAAUCUUUGACAAGAUUAGGCGAAGGCUCGGGUGCUUCAACGCGUCCGAUUUCGCGGGCGAGGACCCCAAAUCCAACGUCGACCUCCAUCGCUGCACCUACCUCGCCGGCCAGAGCGACGACUUCUUACAACCCGUUCGAUCAAUUGGACUCUAAACCAGCCAACCAGUCUACCGAAAAGUCAUACAACCCCUUCGAUGUGCCAAAUACGCAACCUCAGUCUGCAAAUCUGGAGGCAUCGUUCCAAGGCCUGCAGGUUUCCCAGCCGUUGUUCCCGCACUCGACGGGAGGAUACCCGCUCCCGAAUCGCCAGAACUCCCUCCCUCAGCCUCUCUACCAACAGUCUGCUACUCCUCCGGUCACAGCGACAUUUGCACAAAAUGGAUUCCUUGGGUCUACGCAGACGCAGACGUUUGACGGCGGAAACAACCCGUUCUUCCAGUCUGCUCAGCCGCAGCCGCAGGCCCAGCCCCAGGUUAACAACAGUCCGUUUGCGAGCCAAUUCCCGAACAACACCACGCAGAACAAUCCUUUCUUCAACCAGCUCACGCCGCAAUACACAUCUAUGCAGCAACCUCAGCAGACUCAGUCAGUAGCGCCGCCUGUUCCGUCUCUCCAACAUGCGAACACGAUGCCGAUGGCAUCUUCUACAUCGCCACUUGGACAGUCUUCGCCGUUCCUGCAGCAGCAGCAGCAGCAGCAGCAACCGCAACAGCAACUUCUACAACCGCAGACGACCCCGCUGGGCCAGUCAAACCCGUACAACCCAUUCCAGUCAAUGACUGCACCAAGCAGUCCGCAGAACCCAGGCUUCCAAAACCCGUUCCAGAGCCAGUUCCAGCCUCAAGCACAACAGUCGCAGCCGCAGCCGCAGCAACCCCAGCAGUCACAAUUCCAGCCUCAAGCACAACAGCAGCAGCCACAAUACCAACCCCAAUUUCAGCAACAGCAAUCUACAUUCCAAACCCAACCAACCCCGCAACAACUCAUCCCCCAAGCCACCGGUCGCGUGGACAAAGGCAGCAUCCUCUCCUUGUACAAUAUCCCCUCUCCAACCCCGACCCUCGCACAGCAACAGCAACAGCAGCAACAAGCAGCCCUCAGCCCUGUCCCCGGCCUAACCCCUUCCCUCGGCUCAACCCCAGCAUCCAACGUCACAACCCCCCAACAACCACAACAGCCCCUCUCCGCGGGCCUCCCGCAAACCGCCUCUAGAAACCCCUUUAUGUCUUCCGCGCCAGCCUCGGCUCCGCCUACACAGCCUGAUUUCGGUAACUCACCGUUUAGCACGCAACCGCAGCAGUUCCAGCAACAGCCCUUCCAGCAGGCACAACCACAGCAACAGCCGCAACAACAAUCCGGCCUAGGCAUCGGCAUGGGAAUGAACACCAACAUGAACAUGGGUAUGGGAAUGGGCAUGAAACCGACCGGUCCGCCUCCAUCAUCGCUGAACAACAUGGGCUUCGCACGAAACCACUCAAGUCAGCAGAGCGUUGAUUUGAACGGAUUGCAGAGUGGUCGGCAUAGUCCCGAUGCAUUUGCGAGUUUGAGUGCGCGCUAUGGUUAACGAUCUAUCUUCGUUUGGUUUUUGGUUCCUUGUUUGGAAUCCUUAGCUUUUGGCUUCUUGGUUAUUGCCAGAUACAUACAUUCUCGGUGGGUAAUACGGAUUUGCCUAUUUACAUAUUUUGUCGUUCUGGUCGUGUAAUAGUACUUACUUACUGUUUUUUACAUAUUCUGUUUGCAUUUCUGGCGUUUAUUGUUCUGUGUUC